AUGGCUAACAGAACACUAUCAACCUCUUACUCUAACAAAAAACACGACGUAUUCCUCAGUUUCAGAGGCGAGGACACUCGGAUCGGUUUCACAAGCCAUCUUUAUGAUGCUUUCAAUCACAAAUCAAUCAAAACAUACAUAGAUUACCUCCUAAAGAGAGGAGAAGAUGUUUGGCCAACACUUUCUGAAGCCAUUGAGGAUUCACAUGUCUCCAUAGUUGUGUUCUCAAAAAACUACGCUUCUUCUAAAUGGUGUUUGGAAGAGCUUGUUAAAAUACUUGAAUGCAGAAAAGUUCGCGGACAAGUUGUUAUACCUGUUUUCUAUAAAACAGAUCCGUCUGAUAUUAGAAAUCAGACUGGGAGUUAUGAGAAAGCGUUUGCUAAACAUGAGAGGGAUCUUGGAAAUAGUGAAAGGGAUGAUUCUAAACAAAAAGUGCUUAGUUGGAAAGCUGCUCUUACUGAAGCUGCCAAUAUUUCUGGAUGGGACUCCAAAACACACAAGGAUGAAUCUAACCUCAUUGAGAACAUUGUCAAUGAUGUGUUGCAAAAGCUACAACUGAGGUAUCCUAAUGAACUAGAAGGUAUUGUUGGGACUGAAAAUUUUUGUGGAGUGGUAGAAACAUUAAUGACAAGUAUUCAGAUACUUGGAAUUUGGGGUAUGGGUGGAAUGGGAAAGACAACCAUUGCUAAAGUAUUGUUUGCCAAAUUCUUUGCCCAAUAUGACCAUGUAUGCUUUGCUAAUGCAAAAGAAUAUUCACUCAGCAAGCUUCUCUCUGAGCUACUCAAGGAAGAAAUUUCACCAUCUAUUGUUGUAGGAACUACAUUCCAUAUGAGGAGGCUGAGAAGUAAAAAGGUUUUCAUUAUACUUGAUAAUGUGGACAGUUUAGAUCAGUUUGAAUAUUUAUGCAGGGAUUUCAGCGACCAAAGUAAGGAUAGUAGACUCAUUAUAACAACGAGAGACAGACAAUUGCUCAAUGAAAGAGUUCAUAAGAUAUAUGAGGUCAAGCAAUGGGAAGAUAAAGAAUCACUAGAGCUUUUUAGCUUAGAAGCCUUCAAACAAAGCCAUCCCCGAAAGGGUUACGAGGAUCUUUCGCAAAGGGCAGUUGCUUAUGCAGGAGGCAUUCCACUUGCUCUCAAAGUUUUGGGUUCAAAUCUCCGAUCAAAAGGUACUGAGUUUUGGGAAAGUACUUUCAGAAAACUCGACAAGUUUCCAAAACAAGAAAUUCAAAAAGUUUUAAAAGUGAGCUAUGAUGGAUUAGAUCGACUAGAGCAGAAGAUAUUUCUAGACAUUGCAUUUUUUUUCAAAGGAGAAAAGAAAGAUCAUGUCAUAAGGAUACUAAAUGCUUGUGGGUUGGAGGCAAGUAGUGGAAUAGAAGUCCUAGAAGACAAGGCUUUGAUAACUAUUUCAAAUGGAAAUAGAAUACAAAUGCAUGACUUGCUAAAAAAAAUGGGUUCAGACAUAAUGCGUAAAGGUAAGAGAGGAAGGAACAAGGUAAACCCUGCAACUCAUACACGAUUGAGCGGGAGUGAAGCGCUUGAAGUAAUUAAAGAAAACAAGGGGACUAGUUCAAUUGAAGGCAUAACACUGGAUUUGUCUCAAAAUAAUGAGUUGCCUUUAUGUUCCGACACAUUCACCAAGAUGAAAGCCUUGAGAAUUCUUAAAUUCUAUAUCCCAUUGGGUCAGAGUUGUAGUAAUGCAUACCUCAACCUUCCCAUGGAACUCAAGCCAUUUUCUAGUGAACUGAGGUACUUUGAGUGGAUUGGAUACCCUUUUGAGACACUUCCACAACCUUUUUGCGCCAAGUUGCUUGUUGAGAUUCGUAUGCCGCAUAGUAAUGUUAAACGACUAUGGCAGGGGAUGCAGGACCUUGAUAAACUAGAGGUGAUUGAUCUAGGUGAAUGCAAACAUUUAGUUCAGCUUCCGGAUUUGUCUAAGGCAUCAAAACUUAAAUGGGUUAAUCUCUCCGGUUGUGUGAGUCUGGUGGAUCUUCAUCCAUCUGUUUUUUUGGCUGAAACACUUACUACUCUGAUACUUGAUGGGUGUACAAAGCUUAGGGGCGUUAGAGGUCAGAAACAUUUAAAAUUUUUGGAAACGAUCAGUAUCAAUGGCUGCACAAGUCUCGAGGAAUUUGCCAUCUCCUCGGAUUUAAUUGAAAACUUGGAUUUAAGCAGUACAGGGAUUCAAACACUUGACCUAUCUAUUGGGCUUCCUCACAAUCUUAAGCGGCUUAAUCUUGAGGGUUCAAGACUUGAGCAUCUUCCAAAGGAGUUACCUAGACUGACAUCUAUGAAGGAGCUUAGGAUUUCUGGCAGAGGACUAAAAGUUAAGAAACAGCAGCUAGAUGCCUUGUUUGAUGGCUUACGGUCCCUACAAGUACUACAUUUGAGGGAUUGUAAUAACUUGUUUGAACUCCCUGACAACAUCAGUGUCCUAUCACAAUUACAGGAAUUAAUUCUAGAUGGAAGCAACUUGAAAAGUUUGCCUGAAAGCAUCAGGAAUCUUCAUGAGCUAGAAAUUCUGUCAUUGGAGGGUUGUAGGGAGAUUCAGUACCUUCCAGAGCUCCCCUCUCUCAUCAAAUUGUUAAAUGCCAGUAACUGCACGUCCCUGGUUUCAGUUUCAGAUUUAAAAACUAUUGCAUCAAAGAUGAUGGGAAAUGCCAAAUACAUUUCAUUCAGGAACAGCUUGAAUUUGGAGGAACAUAAAGUCAAACAUAUAACGGAAAGUCUCAAUUUAACAAUGAUGAGCGCUGCAUUUCAAAAUGUAUCUGUUAGAAGAUUUCGCGUGGAUGUUCACAGCUACAACUAUACCAGUGUUGAUGCUUGUCUACCAGGAACAAGGGUCCCAAGACAGUUCAAAUAUCAAAUUACAACCGAGUCCUCCAUUACCAUUGAACUUCCUAAUCAUUCGAGCAUACUGGGAUUUCUUUACUCAGUGGUUCUUUCUCCAGCAGGUGGAAUGAAGAAGGGUGGGACUAUAAUAAAAUGUCGAUGCGAUUUGGGAGAAAAAGGUACAAAGGUUUCAAGGUUUAAUACUUAUGUCACAGAACUGAACUCGGAUCAUGUUUAUGUAUGGUACGAUCCAUUCCAUUGUGACAGCAUUCUCAAAUUUUAUGAACCAAAGCUUUGUUUUGAGUUUCGUGUUACUAAUGAUAUGGAGGAAGUUGAUGGUUCAAUCUGUAUUAAAGAGUGUGGGGUACGACCUGUAUAUGCUGAUGAACUGCAGAGUGUUUUACAGCAAUUGAAUUUUGAUUCGGAAAAGAGAAAAGAGUUGAAUAAGGCUGUGCGAUUAGAAUCAGGAUGUAGGAUAACCUUGAAGCCAAUUGAAAAGCAUUCUACAAGCAUUAUACAAGACUUAGACUCAGAGAUGGUUGAACCAGAGACAAAUUCUAAUUUAGUUUCAGAAAUACAAACCAAGUCCAGUGCUGCAAGUGGUAGCAAGAAGAAUGCCAAAAACUCUACAGAAGUUGUCAAAAGCAAAGGAAAUAAAGGGACGCUAAUUGAACCCGAUGAUGAAUUAUCUGAAUUCGUUGGGUCACAGUUGGACAAAGCAAGUGAAUCUAAUGAAAAAUCAAAACCAACAUCGGCAAUGGUUAAACACGAAUCAUUUGAAGAAGAUAAUGAUAAUGAAAGCCACUUCUUUAAUGUGGAGAAGAGCAUCAGAUCUUCUAACAAAGAAACCAAUACCAAUGCUGGAACCAGUCAUGAGGAGGAUAUUACCAACUCUGCAAAAGUUUUCAGAAGCAAAGGAAAUGAAGGAAAACCAUCUCAAUCUGAAGCUGAAUUUCAUCUACUGGUAACGUCAUCUGUUGAAGACAAUGCUCCUGAUAACAAACCGGGUGAAAACAACUAUGAUUGGCAAGAUAAUUUUGACGAGGCCAAGAAUUCCGAAGAAAAACCAAAUAUAGAAGGACAAAUCACUGUUCCUGACACCAAUGUUCUGAUAAGUGAACCAGAACAAGAAAAAGAAAGUGCACCAAUAGUGAAUCAUAGCGAACCUGAAGGUGAUCAAGAAGAUGGAUCAGAUGAGGACCCUUUUUCUGAGCUUGAGAGCAUUCUGUUGGGAAGUCCAGAGUCCUCACCAAAAGCAACAUGUUCCACAAAUGAUGAUGCUGUAAGAGAAGCUUUGCAUAACCUUAAAUGCCUAUUGGAAAAUUCACUUGAGUCCAUUCUUGGUGAUCUUGAGCUACAACGGCAACUACAUAUGUCUUUUGAAUACAUAAAACAAGCAUCACAUGAAAAUGUUUCUCCUAAUAUUGUGAACCUUGUCCAGAAAAUGACAUCCUCUAUUGAGAACCUUUUCAAAGACUUUGCCACGACUAAAAAAGUGGUUGAGGAUCACAUUAAUGCUUUGAAACAAAAAGAAAAGCUCAUGCAGCGAGUGAGAGAUGUUAAGAAACAAAAGGAAUCAAAACAGAAAGAAAAGAGACGGUUGGAAAAUGAAGCCAAACGUCUCAAGGAAGAGGGUGAAAAGGUGGAUGAAAAAAUUCGAACUCUUGUUGAGCAAAAGAAAAGUAUUGAGUUGGAAAUAACCAAGUCGAAUGAGAGCAUGGAAAUAUGUGAAGGUGAAAAGCAGAAAGUGAAAAAUGAGGCUAAGAAUAUGAUAACUGAAAGCAAAGAGCUUAUGUUGAGUGUUAAAAAUUCUAAAUCUUCAUAUGGUGCCGCCUUGUCAAAGCAACAAAAGUUAAGAGACAAAUGGGAAGGUUUCAGAAUAGAUUUUGCAGACGACUUUGGAAGUAGCAGUACUUGA